CGAAAACAUCGAAAUGUUGCGGCUAACUGUUUUGUUGUGCGUCCUCGCUUUGGCUUUAGGAACUCCCUCAGUCACUAAGACUAGGGAGGAGAUUGAGGAAUUCCGAACAUAUUUGGAAAACAGCCGAACAGACAGUGGAGUUCGCGUCGACUCCCGUAUGUUGGAAAAUCCCCAAGCCAACAUUUGGGAAAACAGUGGCAAAUACCAAGGCGACAUCGUGUUGGACGAUUGGCAAGUUGAAGCUUUGGUGACGGAUUUCGCUGCUGGUAGAGCCGCGUACAUCUGGCCUAACACCAAAUGGCCUGGGAAUGUCGUAGUAUACGAUUUUGGGCCUAAUGAAUUCAAUGCCGCUCAGCAACAGGCUAUAUUGCAAGCAAUCGGUUGGAUCGAACACUUCUCCUGCGUCAGAUUCCGUCGGCGGCGCGCCAAUGAAAGAGACUUUGUUUUAGUAACAGGCAAAUCUGACGGUUGUUAUGCCAGCGUUGGUUUCUGGGCUGGUCGUGGUGUCCACACCUUGAACUUGGCCCGUGCAAACCCUGGACAGGGCUGUCUCUGGGUCACUGUUAUUAUCCACGAGUGGCUCCAUGUCCUCGGAUUCUUCCACAUGCAGUCGACUUACACGAGGGACAACUACGUGCGAAUUAACCACAACAACAUUGUCCAAGGAAUGGGUCAUAACUUCGAUCGCUACGAACGCAACUUGGUCAGCAACCUAGGUUUGCCCUACGAGUACACCAGCUGCAUGCACUACAGUUCCCAUGCUUUCAGCCGCAACGGACAGCCAACUAUUACUCCACUCAGGAGCUUCCCGGGAGUCAUGGGUCAAAUGGAUCAUGUAACUUCCUUGGACUGGUUGAGGCUGCGCAGACACUACAACUGCCCUGGGGCAUGGACCAGCGAAGACGUGGAAAAUCUAGAGAAGGAAGUCAAUUUCUAUUCCCCUCUUUCCGAAAAGACACCACCGGUAGUUGUCCGAGCAGAAGAAGAUAAGGAGUGAUACACUUAUUACAUUGGUCGUUUUGAAUCUGAAAUUAUAAAUU